GACACACAGCGAAGAACAGAAGACUUCUCCUCCCUCCAAGUCUGCAUCGUCACAUUUCUUCUCCCGUUGCACUGAGAUGCCUGUAGAGAAGCAUUCAAUCAGAGACAGAGCUGCAGUCGGCCGAUUUCCAACUGUCACUUUUGGAUUUGAGGAAGAUGCGGAAGAAGAAAAGGAAGGAUCAGAAGAGAACAACGCUGAGAAGGAAAACGCAUGUCAGCGAUGGCUGCGUAAAGUCUGCCCGUGCUGCUAUCCCACGCCAAACGAAGAAGACGUCACGGACACUUUGGUCACAGGGAUUGAUGACCUGGACAAGGAGAACGAGGCAAACAGCGGGAAACCUGAGACUGGUGGUGACAGCGAGCUUGAUGAGCUUCUCCUGAAAGUGCAAUCGAUAGACCUGAUGAAAGACAAAUCAGGGGAGACCCGCACAGAGCACCACACAAAUCUCUACCAAAGUGAUAACUUCAUCAUUCGCAGAGGACAGAAUUUCAAGAUGUGGAUCAGCCUGUCUCGACCCUUUAACCCAAACACAGACAAACUUCACCUUGAACUGAAAACAGGGCCGGUGCCAACCGUGUCAAAGAAAACCCACGUCAUCAUCCCUCUGGUGGAGGAGCUGCAGGACGACCGCUGGGAGGCUGCUAUUGUGAAACAGGAUGACAAAAGGAUAAUGCUGUCAGUGAAUUCUUCACCCACUGCAGUCAUCGGCCGAUAUCAACUCAUCGUGGAGACAGAUUGCGCAAACGGCCAGGCGGUUUCCACACAUGACCCGGCUAAUGACAUCUACAUAUUGUUCAACCCCUGGUGUGAAGGUGAUUCAGUGUUCAUGGAUUCAGAAGACGAGAGGCAGGAAUAUGUCCUGAAUGACAUCGGACGGAUUUACUACGGCACACAGUAUCAAAUUGGAGAGCGGACGUGGAACUACGGGCAGUUCGAUGAUGGGAUUCUCACAGCAUGCCUCUUUGUCCUGGAGAAGAGUGGAACUCCUGCGUCUGGUUGGAGUGAUCCGGUUAACGUGGUGCGAGUCAUCUCGGCCAUGACCAACUCUCCUGAUGACCGUGGAGUCCUGGAGGGAAACUGGUCAGGAGACUAUUCACUUGGAACCAGUCCGACAGUUUGGAGCGGGAGUGUGGAAAUCCUGAAAGAAUACCAUAAAAACAACGGCACGCCCGUGAAGUACGGCCAGUGCUGGGCCUUCGCUGGCGUGGUCACUACAGUUGCUCGAUGUUUCGGCAUUCCCUGUCGAACUGUGACCAACUUCAGCUCGGCUCAUGACACAGACGUCUCCUUGACGACAGAUGUUUACCUGGACGAGAACCUGGAGCCAAUAGAUUACCUCAACACUGACUCCAUCUGGAACUUCCACGUGUGGAACGACUGCUGGAUGGCUCGUCCAGACUUGCCUGCAGGCAACGGAGGCUGGCAAGCUGUCGACGCCACACCUCAGGAGACCAGCCAGGGAACCUUCUGCUGUGGCCCCGCUUCGCUCGCUGCCAUCCGCUAUGGUCAGGUCUUCCUCAAGCACGACACUCCGUUUGUGUUCGCCGAGGUUAACAGUGAUAAAAUCUAUUGGCAAAAGAACAUAGAUGGGACCUUCAGUAAAAUCUACAGUGAGAAAAAGACGAUGGGCCACUUCAUCAGCACGAAGGCUGUUGGCUCUGAUGAACGCAACGAUAUCACACACCUCUACAAACACCCUGAAGGCUCAGAAGCGGAACGCAUUGCUGUGGAAACAGCAUGCAGCUAUGGCUCCAAGGCAGAGGCCUAUUCGCCUCCGACAGCACAGGACGUCUCCGUUGAAGUCACCAUGAAAGGCAAAGGUCCCGAAAUGGGAGGAGACGCAGAGCUGACCAUCGUGUUGCGAAACAGCAGCUCGGAGCAGCGCACGGUCAUCCUGCACAGCCAGGUGGCAGUCAUGUAUUACACCGGAGUCCACAAGGCCACGGUGAGGAAGGACAACACAGACGUGGACUUACUGCCCAACGAGGAAAAGAUUUUGGAGUGGACCCUGGUGUACAAAGACUACAAGGAUCAACUGAUAGACCAGGCCGCCCUGAUGAUGACACUGUCAGGCAGAGUCAGAGAAACACAGCAGGUCGUGGCCACUCAGUUCAGUUUCCGGCUCAGGACGCCGGACCUCAUCAUAAAGCCAAUCGGGAAGGCCGUGGUCGGGGAGAAGAUGGCAGUAGAGAUUUCAUUCACUAACCCGCUGCCACAGGUGCUGAAGGCGGUGAUAUUCCACGUGGAAGGACUCGGCCUUCUAACUGCUCAGAAGAUUAAUUAUGGAGAUAUCGGCAGCCGUGCCUCAGUGUCUCUGACUGAGCAUUUCGUCCCCACCCUGCCUGGACCGAGGAAAUUACUGGCUUCAUUGGACUGCAGGCAGCUCACACAGGUUCACGGUGUGGCCGACAUCACUGUGGAGGAGAAAAAAAGCAACGGCGCUCUAUAGUGAUUCCAAACUGACACCGAAUAUCGUUCUCUAUAUCCUAUUCUGACUCCAUUUCGCUACGUAAUUUAUAUGGAAAGCUAGUGUUUAAGUUCACAAAGGCAUGACACAACAGUGCAGGACAAUUUCAACAUUCCCAAUGACUACAGAGAGACAACUAAUCCUAAUCCAAAUCAUAAAACAUCUAAAAGAAUGUGAUGUUUGUGGGUCAGAACUCAGAAUUGACAGAAACUUUUAUAUAUUCUGUAAAAAAAAACAGUAUUAGUUUACACCUUGUGCCAAGGUUAUACAAUAUACAGAAGUGAUGUAAUAUAAAAAUAAAUUAAUAAAAAAUAAAAGAAGUUUAUAAAGACAGUCUCUACAUUGAGAAGUUUUGUAUUUAUAUAUAUAUGCGAUAUAUUUAUUUUGUUUACUUUGCCACUUGUUGGCAAUCAGAAUUAUUUUAUUUGAAUGUCCAAAUACUGCUACAUGUAUCAUUAAAAACAACAAUUA